AUCACUCGCUCACCUCCCUUCUUUCUGCAGAGAUAAGGGAAAAUCUAUGUAGAGUAAAGGCAGACCUGCAAAGAGGGGAAAAAAAUCUUCGAAAAGUUUCUCCAUGAUUAUGUGGAUUGGCUAGGGUUUGAUUUCGCGUUGAAAUUUCGAGAAAUUGAGCUGGUGUGUGAUCUGUGUGUGUCUCUGCGAUCAAUUGGUUGAGCUUUGGUGCAAUGUUGGGGGGUGGGAAUGAGGGAUCUGAGGAGGAUAAGUUGAGGGAGCGUAAGGUUUACAGUAGGAGGCCGUCGUUCAAGGGGCUUGAAAACAGUCACAGCAGUACUAAUUUGUUGAUGGAUCAGCAGCUGAAAUCUCAGGAUAUGGUUUCGGAUGGGUUGAAUUCUGUGAAAAGGAUGCAUAAUUCUGGUGGUGAUGUGGGAGGGCCUCUGAGGCAGGAUAAGGUAAGGAUAAGUCUGUCGAAGAAGUCGAAACGUGAUGCUUUGGAGCUGAGGAGGAAGCUGGAGAGCGAGAGGGAUAUGGUGCGGAGCUUGAUAGGGAGGAUUGAGUCGAAUGAGGGGAUGGAGAAUGGAGGGAAAGGGUUUGAUGGUAGAGAUGGGGAUAAGGUGGGGACGCCUCGGAUGGUGAAGCCGUUGAAUCCGUUGAGUGUGUUGGUGAAUGAGAAUAGCAAGCCGGGGAAUGAUGUUGUGGAGAAGGAGAAAAGGACUCCAAAGGCGAAUAAAUUGUAUAGAAAUGCGGAUUUUUUGCUUGCAAAGGACAAGAUUCCGCUAGGUGAAAGUAACAAGAAGUUGAAGUCGAACGGGAAGAAGGGUGGAGGAGGUGGAGGAAGUGGGGUGGGGAUGGAGAAUUUCCCCAGUCAUAUUUUGAAGAGCUGUAAUGCGCUCUUAGAAAGGUUGAUGAAGCACAAGCAUGGUUGGGUGUUUAACAAGCCAGUUGAUGCAGUUGCUCUUGGUUUGCAUGACUAUUUUGAAAUUAUUCGAAACCCUAUGGACCUCGGUACUGUGAAAGGCAGGUUAAAUCAGAACUGGUACAAGUCCCCGAUGGAGUUUGCUGAGGAUGUCGUGCGUACGUUUCAAAAUGCUAUGACAUAUAACCCAAAGGGGCAAGAUGUUUAUGUGAUGGCCGAACAGCUGUGCAAAAUAUUUGAGGAUAAAUGGGCUCUCAUAGAGGCUGAGUAUAAACGUGGGAUGAAGCUAGCUGCCGAUUAUGAUGUGGGGCCACCAACGCCUACAUCUCGGAAGGCUUCUCAGAAGUCUAGGGAACGGCCUGAUACGAAAAGACCUUUAGAUAGACCUGCAAUGGGCUCAAGUGAUCCAAAAAGAAAGAAACCAAGUAGUGCACAGUCGGGAAAGGUUCAUGCACCAAAGAAGCCAAAGGCAAAGGAUGCGAAUAAAAGGGAGAUGACAUAUGAUGAAAAACAAAAACUUAGCGUAAACUUGCAGGAGUUGCCUUCUGAGAAGCUUGAAAAUGUUGUUCAGAUCAUUAAGAAGAGGAAUCCGUCUGUUUCUCAGGAAGAUGAUGAGAUUGAGGUUGACAUCGACAGUGUUGAUACGGAAACCCUUUGGGAGCUUGAUAGGUUCAUAACAAAUUAUAAGAAGAAUUUGAGCAAGAACAAAAGAAAGGCAGAAAUUGUCAGCAAUUUAAUUGCUAGUCAAGAGCAGAACCCCAAUGAGAAGGUUGCUACCUCUGUUGUAACGGAAAUCCCACAAGCAAGUAAAACAGCGGAUGAAGAGAAAAACGCCUCACCUCCAGUUGAAGUAGAAGAGCCAGAGGUGGAGCGUAGUGAUAAGAAUCAAGGAGCCAGCCAAAAAAGCUCUAGCUCUGACUCGGGAUCUUCUUCAAGUGAUUCAGACGGAGAAAGUUCUUCAGCAGAUGGCUCUGAUGGCGAAAACUCACCUAAGAAUUGAGUCCUUGAGAUAUUGGUGAAUCUCGUGCUGACAUUAAGGCUAGUAGUGUACUUGAAUGAUAGAUGCACCCGUUGACUGUUCAUUUGUGGAUCCACAAGGAAUUCUUGGUCAUUUGCUCAAUUUGUAAAUACCUGUAGUGGGUGAUAACUGUAGAUUUGUCUAAGUAGAUGUGUGUGGUAAUCAUCUUCGUCUCGUAGAGGUACGUUGCUGACAGGUAGCUGUUUGUAUGAUAUGAACUCUUGAUCUGUAAUUACAUGAAAGCACCACCGUCCUCUAGUGUAAGUUGUGUACGAACCAGACGUUGUUCGUGUACGUUAUUUGCAGAUGUCUGUGAUAAGUUCCAAUGGUGCCGGUUAGUUUCUCU